UCCGGGCGCUGAUUGGCCGACAGGACGGCUCUCGCGAGACCCGCGCGCCUGCGGCCUAGGCGGAGGCGGCGGAAGGGGCCCGCGUUCGUGCGUCGGCAGCCGGCACCGCGGCGCGCUCGUAAGAGUCCAGGAUGAGUUAUGCAGAAAAACCUGAUGAAAUCACAAAAGAUGAAUGGAUGGAAAAACUUAAUAACUUGCAUAUCCAGAGAGCAGACAUGAACCGCCUUAUCAUGAACUACCUUGUUACAGAGGGCUUUAAAGAAGCAGCAGAGAAAUUUCGAAUGGAGUCUGGAAUUGAACCCAGUGUUGAUUUAGAGACUCUUGAUGAAAGAAUAAAAAUUCGAGAAAUGAUAUUGAAAGGACAGAUUCAAGAAGCCAUUGCGUUAAUAAACAGCCUCCAUCCAGAAUUGCUAGAUACAAACAGAUAUCUUUACUUUCAUUUGCAGCAGCAGCAUUUGAUCGAACUGAUUCGGCAGCGUGAGACAGAAGCAGCUCUGGAAUUCGCUCAGACCCAAUUAGCAGAACAAGGCGAGGAGAGCAGGGAAUGUCUGACAGAAAUGGAGCGUACACUGGCUUUGCUUGCCUUUGAUAAUCCCGAAGAAUCACCAUUUGGAGACUUGCUUAACAUGAUGCAGCGACAGAAGGUAUGGAGUGAGGUUAAUCAAGCUGUUCUAGACUAUGAAAAUCGUGAAUCAACACCCAAGUUGGCAAAAUUACUGAAACUACUACUGUGGGCUCAGAAUGAGCUGGACCAGAAGAAAGUGAAAUAUCCCAAAAUGACAGACCUCAGCAAGGGGACGAUUGAAGAACCCAAGUAAAAUGUGUGCAGAUGGACAUCAAACAAUCUUAGUACUGCACAGUAUACGUUUAUAUCAGUCUGUGACUGAAAUAUUUUUACUACAGUACAGCACUCAAUUCAGAUUUUUCAAUGAACAUCUAAUUUGAAGGGAGAAAAGUCCCUUUUAAAUGCUGCAAAAACUGCAUUGAAAGGCGCUGUAUCUCUUUGAAAGUCUGACUUAGGCUAUGCACUAUAAUACAUUUUUAAAAAACAAUUAAAACAGGACAGGAAACAUAGCAUUUUUAAAAGUACAGAACUCAAGCUUUCUAAUUGGCUACUGAUGCCUAGUUUAGUGGCCAGUGAGUCGAUACGGAGUUAUAUUGGCAACUAUUCAGUUAAGUUUAACUGUCUCCUGUUUAAAAUGUGUAUAUAGAACAGUGAAUAUUUUCUACCUUUAAGUUAUAGCCAGAUAUACAUUCCCCUUAAGAGUAACUGGUCAAGUUUUCAUCUAUAAACUUUGCAGUAAGGUCAACCUUUUGCUUAGGAAAUAGUGUACAAACUUGUAAAUCAUAAUUUAAGGACUGUUUUUUUGUUUGUUUGUUUUUUUUUCCUUGUUUCUGACUUUUUGGUGCUUUAUAUGGUGAGAGCUAUGUUCAUAACGGAUCAGUGACCCAUCUUUUCAGGAGGAGUAUUGUUGGAAAUCAGUUUUUUCUUAAUUUUCAUGAAUGACCAAAAUGGCCCCCAGAGGCAUUUGAGGGUUUUUGUUAACAGGGGCCUUUCCCCCCUAUAAUAAAUUUGCAGCUGUAGACACUGCAGUGAUUCCAGCAGGCUACUAAAGCUUUGAAGGCCACUGGAUGUUUGUAAGCUGAAGGACAUGCUUGUGUUAGGAAAUUAAGUGGAGGGGAGAGAUGCUCGUUGAAGCCUCUGAUGCAUCAUCUUGUGUAGGAUCUGCCUUCAUGCUUGCUGAAUAAGAAUUAUAGUUUUAGAGCUACUUGGGCUGUUUUUAUGCCUUGAGCUGAGCAGAGCAGGGCUGUCUAAAAACAGAAAUUUCCAUUUUCUCAAUUCUUCCAUACCUUUCUGAAGAGAUGCAGUUCAUCUUCACCUGUAUUUGUUUACUGACUGUCCUCACUCUAGUUAGGAUUAUAGUUUUAAUGUUUUACAUGUGAAGUCCGGACUUUCAAGUCAACAAAUUGUAAUCUUCUGGGUAUGGGAUGUUCUGGUCGACUCAAUUUUGCAGCACUGUACACUGGUAUAUAUCCAGUGGCAGUAAGCACUAAUCUUGCCAAAUCGAUCUCUAGAGUUUUAGGUCCGUACAUCAAGUUAUUACAGAUUUGCUGAACAAAGGCCGAGCUGAUGGGUGAAAUAGCUUAACAUCAUGAAACACUGGCAGUUGUCACACCAGUCCCAUACUGUACAUAAUCUAGUCUUGUAUGGUAGAUAUUACCCUGUAGAAUGAAACUUAGUUUUCACUUAAUUUUACUGGAAUACUUAAGCAUUAAACUGUAUAAAGCUUUGCAGAUACACCUGACUUACGGAAACUAACAAAACCUGUUACUGAUUGCAUUACUGUGAACACUGUUUACUUGUGUAGCUAUUUUUUGUGGGGGAAACCAUAGUUUGUUAAGCAGCUAUUAGAGAUGCGGAGCGCCAAGGUUAAGCUAGAUGAUGGAUAUAACAAAAUUAUUUGUUCCCAUUUAUUACUGAUCAUUCUGUUCUCCACUUCGAGGCAUUUGUGGUAUGGAGGUCUUAACAAACAAGCUAUCAGUAGCCCCCCCCAACUACAACAGUCGUCUGGCUUUCCUUCACCCAGGCUGGUUAUUCUAACACCAAACUUUUAACAGUUGUGGGUUUGGGGUUUUUUGGUUUUUUUUGGGGGAGGGGGUUGGGUUUUUGGGUUUGGGGGUUUUUUGUGUGUGUUUUUGGGGGGCUUUUUGCAGUCGGUUGAUGUCUGAAAACCAUGUAUAACUUUUAGUUUGUGAGAAACUGUAUGGUUAAUGUAACUUUGUUUAAUAACAAACUAGAGAAACAAAACUGGAAUAGCUCUAAUUUCUUCAUAUAUAACUGAUCAGCUUUUCCUCUGUUCUGAGACUUGCAUUGUUAAAUCUCAUCUGAAGCUUCUCCUGGAUGAAGUGGAAAGUGGUGCAUUUUUGUGGCAUGACUAGCAUUUUUCUCCAUGAGAAAUGCAGUAUUACGGUCCUGGUUGAGAAGUUCACUGUACUUCUAGAACGCUACAUUAAUUUCAUAUAGUAUUUGGGCAAAGAUUGAGCAUAGAUUACUUGAAUUUUCACUAGCUUGAUUUUUUUUUUCCAUUAAAAAAUAAACAUGUUUUUUAAGGGGUUUAAUAUAAAAUUAGUAUAGAACUAUUUCACUUUGGUUUUAUGAACAUGCCACAUUGAUAAGCAGCUUUAAUCUGUAAAGUUUUUGGUAACUGCAAGAAAAUAUUCGAAAGCUAUGCAUUUUAGAGAAAGCAUAAAGGUAGUGAUAUUGGUACUUCUAAGGAUCUUUAUAUUAGUGUAUAUAAAAUAGUUUGCAUAUACAAAUAUAAUAUAUAAUCUGUUUGAAAUAUUCUUGAAUGGUAGGGGCUGUGAAACAUAUAAUUUAUGGAAAUAUUGUACACAGUAAACAGACGUCUCAGUACACGAAUGAACUUUUGUCAUAUGCAUGAGAAGUGUCUUAUUUGGUGACUACUAAUGAAUGGGAUUUUGUUAACCCAUUUUUGUUAGAUAACCACUUUAACAAAUACUAUUAAAUGCCACUUUGAUCAGUUUGCUUUAGUGUAAAAAUACAUAUUUUGUUCCGCUUAAUUUAGAACGAUACGAAAAUAACUUUUCUAGGAAGAUUUGUUCCAAACUCAAUGGUGGCAGACAAAUCUGGUAAUUAAACAUGGUACACUACACUCAUUCCUCCCCCAGCCUUUCCUUUGUUGAAAGCAAGUAAGAUUUUUUCAUUAAUGCUAUGGACAUGAAGAAGUUGGGUUGCAAAAUACCCUGUCUUACAUGCCUCUGCAGAAAGGCUGUAUAUCAAGUGUGUUUUGAUUAGGCUACAAAUCUCUCUCCUUUUCCAAAACCUAUCACCUUGCUAAUAACUGUCGUCUUCGCUUUUACCAUGUUUCUUUUCUGCCUGUCAAAUUCAAGCUAAACUGUGGUUGCUUCUGUUGUACAAUGGAGUCAUUUGUGAAGGGUGAGGGAUAACAGGUUUCCAUGAGGAUGAAGUACUAGUGAUACUUUCUGAGAAAUACUUACUGAACUGUUUAAUUUUAUAUAGCUGGAAAAACAGAGGCUGCUGCACAGAAACUAACAGCAGAAUUUUAAGUAAAGCAUUUCCUCUCAAGACUUUUGAAGAGGCAAACAUACAGAGCUUGAAACCAGGUGAAGUACCUCUUUCUCUUUAAGAUGAUUUCAUUGAAACACUUUCAGCUCCUUCCACCCACAUUAAAAGAAAAAUUGAAAUGAAUGUGGAGAGCACUUAUGUAGCAUUUAAGAUAUGUGAAAUUACCUGGAAAGAGUUCUGUCUCCUUUCCACUCCUUGUACAUAUAGGGCAAGCCAUUACAUUAUUCUAGGAUGAUUUUAUUGUUUUUAAUUUGUAAAAUUUAUGCUUUGUAUGCUUGAGUAUAAGCUUAAAAGCAUUACUUAAAAAAAUCCUUGACUAGUAGAUGAGUGUUGCUCGACUUAUUUCAAACCACUUUCUGUCCAAGUUCAUUACGAAGCUUAUUAAAUUGAGUUGGAGCGUGA